AGAAGAUGUCCUAUCUCAUUCUUCAUUCUCUCGCUAUACAGCCGUUGUGCACAAGCACGGAGACACAAGUCCUUUGUGCACUAUCCUAUACACUCUUUCUUCUUUUGAUCUUCCCAGAGGCAUAGCCUCGAGGGCCAUUCAGGGACUGUUCGAGUCUCGAUUCUGUCAUUUCUCCCUACCUGAGGGAUUGCAUAUCUGUGUUCAUUGGAUUCAUUUGGAUUGUCGCCUACGGGAGCAUUUCCUGGUGACUGGAACACACUUACCAUCGUUUCUUCAUUGGAUGGUUACUUUUAUAUACCUUCCCUUUUUCGAAGCAAUUUCUAUAUACCACACUUUGUGAUUGGUUGAAUCUUAUAUUCUCUGCCUACACUAUUCUACCUAAUUGUGACCAACCAUGGCGCUGCCGUCUUGGUUCAUCGCAACCAUACUGAUAUGGCUCCAGGCUGCAGAGAUUGCGCAUGCUCUCCCUCGUCCUUGUUCUUGUUCAAACGGACGAUUGCAGUCUGGAUCUGAGACUACCUCUUUUAAGACCCAAUAUCCUCCAGUCAUUCCUGGUGCCAGAGUGCUCGCGCCUGAUACCACAGGGGUUAUAAUCACCACCUUAGAACGUGACGGACACCCUUACUUGCCACCAUUUCCAACAUUCACGCAAAGCUCUCCAUCCGCUACUAAUUACCGUUACAAUCCGAUCGUUACAGCGACGACUAGUCCUACCACAGCUGCCCCUCAUCCAAGCAAUAUUGCAAGCGCGGCGGACACAGCAUUGACCACCGCAAUGACUAGUCAAAAUGUCUUUCAGCCCAUUUCUAUGGAUGCAAUUCCAUCAAACAUCAAGACUAGGAACGAUCAUCCUGUGCCGAGGCUAGGUAUUAGAAGCACUGGACCGGUUUCGACAAACAAAUUCUUUGCUGGAUUCUUCCUUGGUAGCCAGACGAGCGCAGCAUUUACUCAUCCUUACUCCCUUGCGUGGGCUAAAGGCAGUGGAAAUGCCCAGAGCUGGGGCCUGGCUAUCUCUCACAUCAACGCCGGGAUGCUUGCGUAUGGUCAGCCUGAUGACCGUAUUCCAGGUCACCCUGUCAGCUACUACAUUAAUCCAGUUGGCAUCCAGUCUAUGAUCUUGUCCGCUGCGGAACUGGGUAACUCGACCGUGAUUUCUACUGAUGCCUCUCAGCCCAUGUCCGCUCAGGUCAUACUGCAACCACGCAACGGAACUUCUUCCAAUAUUACAUUUCCCAUCUUCCAGGGGAUGGGCUAUGUGACUGGAAUCUAUACCAACCUGCAGCCUCUGAUCCAGUCCAGCAUAUUUUUCCAGAAGGUCGUGACCGCCGGCUCUCCACGCGCCGGUGUCUUCAAAUAUCGUGCCACGUUGGAGGACAAUACAUCCUGGCUCAUAUAUGUCAUACCGUCAAAUGGAACAGACCCUAAUCUGCAUCUCGAUUCGAACACUAACCUCCGCGGGCCUGCUGGGUUUUCGGGUGUUAUUCAGGUGUCAAAGAACCCUGCGGGUGACGCUGGAGAAAAGUUCUAUGACAAUUCUUCUGGUGUCUACCCGGUGUCUGUCAACGUGACAGGGUCUGUCACUAACAACACUGGUACCUACGGACUGUCAUGGCAGAAGGGGGGAAAGGACGUCGCAAGCACUCCAUUGCUGAUGUUUGCAUUGCCACAUCACGUUAGCUCCUUCGAUAACUCUACGCAGUGCCGGAAAAUCCCUCUUCAGCUCAGAACCACCACCAAAGGUAACGCAACCGCUGUCAUUGGAGAAAAUUGGACUAUGGUUGAGCCGGACCUCCCGACGGACAUGGGAUUCGCACCUUGGUCGCCCUCGAAGGGAAACGUUGCAACGCUGUCGACUGCAGCUCAGCAGGUGUUGCUCAAUGUCGCUCCUACCGAACUCCAGCAGAACAUGAGCGCUCAAACGGACCUGAAUAGCAUGUACUACAGUGGAAAGGCACUGAGUAAAUUUGCUACUCUGAUCUACACAGUUAACACAUUGGCAAACAACCCUAGUCUUGCCGCUCCUGCUUUGGCGACUUUGAAGAAUUGUUUCGCCGAAUUUGCCAACAAUAGACAGCAGUUCCCCCUGGUCUACGACAACGUUUGGAAAGGCGUUGUCUCAUCUGCUAGCUACGUCACGGGCGACUCGGGAGUUGACUUUGGAAACUCCUAUUACAAUGACCACCACUUCCAUUACGGAUACUUCAUCCAUGCUGCGGCCAUUAUUGGCUCUCUUGACCCUAGCUGGCUUGCUCAGAACAAGGACUACGUUAAUACGCUUGUCCGCGAUGCAGGAAACUCGGUGUCGAACGAUCCGCUUUUCCCAUUCUCUCGGGCGUUUGACUGGUUCCACGGGCACUCCUGGGCCAAGGGUUUGUUCGAGUCCUUCGACGGAAAGGAUGAAGAAUCGACCUCUGAGGACGCUAUGUUCGCAUAUGCCGUCAAGAUGUGGGGUAAGGCUGUCGGUGAUGCCAGUAUGGAGGCGCGAGGCAACCUCAUGCUAGGCAUUCUCAGGCGUUCUUUCCACAAUUAUUUCUACAUGGAGAGCAACAACACGAACCAGCCAUCCAACUUCAUUGCCAACAAAGUGACAGGAAUUUUGUUCGAGAACAAGGUUGACCACAGCACCUACUUCGGUAAUAAUCUCGAGUACAUUCAAGGGAUCCAUAUGCUACCCCUCAUGCCGAACUCUGCAUAUUUGCGAAGCCGGAACUUUGUCUCUCAGGAGUGGAAUGCAAUGUUUGCACCCAAUGCCUCAGACCCUGCCCAGAAUGUCGAAGGCGGCUGGAAGGGUGUGCUAUACGCCAACCUUGCCCUCAUUGAUCCGAACGCUUCCUGGAACUUCUUCUCCCAGUCGAACUUCAGUUACAGCUGGCUCGAUGGCGGAGCCUCGCGAACCUGGUAUCUUGCAUAUGCAGCCGGCCUUGGAGGAGGCCCAGCCUAAAAUAUGGCGGUAUCACAGUCCCUAUAUUGACCCACUCUGGUUUGAUGGCAGCAUCCUUGCCCUGGACCUGAGAAGGCCCAUGCUAUCUGCCAUUUGGAGAAUUUCUUGCACAUCCUUUGCGGCGGAACAUUUUUUUGGCUAUCUUGCCACCGUUUCACUCUGGCCGAUAUAUUCGUUGUUGAAUUAUUGUUUAGGUGCGAUAUCGCGGUACAUGUCCAAUCGUGACUAGGGUUAAGCUACCGACAGAGUCUAUUGACCUGCGUAGCUGAUCACUGGAAAGUAUAUAUAUAUAUAUAUGUGUGUGUGUGUGUGUGUGUGUGUGUGUG